GGACUCAUCUCCCGGGAGCCUCCGGAGCUACUGGAGGUAGCUUAGCAUGCUAACCGGAAGUUAGCCACAGUGCUAGUUAGCGUGAAAACGGUGUUUGUGAGUUCGUGGAGAAAAGUUUCGAGCGAUGGAAAUGAGUAAAGUCCAGGUGCUGAGAGCGUUGGUGAAGCAGCGACUGAGUGCGGCUGCUGAAGAGAUAUUCGGGCUGUUUGAAAGGACGAUAUCAGAGUACGAGCAGGAACUCUGUCGGUCCAAAGAGGAGAACCAGAGACACCGGAAGCUGCUGGACGCGGUGUUCCAGCCUGAAGUCCGGCUGCACAGAGCAGGGAGUCCUGCAGAUGUCCAGCAGCUGUUGGUGAGUAAAGAAGAGGUUCCCCCAGACCAGCAGGAGUGGAGCCCCAGGCUGGACCAGGAGGACCCACCAGAGCUGCCACACAUUAAAGAGGAACAGGAGGAACUCUGGACCAGUCAGGAGGGAGAACAGCUUCCAGGACUGGAGGAGGCUGAUAUCACCAAGUUCACAUUCACUCCUGUCCCUGUGAAGAGUGAAGAAGAUGAUGAAGAAGAGAAACCUCAGUCCUCACAGCUUCAUCAGAGCCAAACUGAACAGAUGGAAGCUGAUGGAGAGGACUGUGGAGGACCAGAACCAGCCAGGAACUCUGAUCCAGAUCGACUUGUACAACCAGUUAGUAACGACGAUUCUCUGGACUGGACUGAAACUGACAAGAGUGAUGGAGACUGGGAGGAGACCAGAGAACCUCAUUCAGGUUUAAACUCUCACAAUAAGGAUGAAGCCCCAGUCAGUCGUAGGACACACAUUACUGACGACAAACAGUUUAGCUGCUCUGAGUGCGGGAAAAGAUUUGGAAACAAGAGAAAUCUGAAGAUACACAUGAAAAUUCACACAGGAGAGAACUCUUUUAGUUGCUUAGUUUGCGGUAUAAUAUUUUCAGAGGGAGGAGAUCUGAGACGACACAUGGCGGUCCACACGGGGGAGGAACGAUUCAGCUUCAGUGUUUGUGAUGAAAGAUUCACUUUGUUCACAAAACAGAGCAAAAGCCACAAGUUGGUCGGUCAUCAGUCCGUAGGGUUAGAACCAGAAAGGAACUCUGAUCCAGAAAGACUUUUACAACCUGCUGAUUCUGGACUUAAGGUUGAAAUCAGUGAUGGUUGGAAGAAGGCCAGAGGACCUCAGUCAAGUUUAAACUUUCUGAAAAAUAACAAAGCACCAGCAAGUAAAGUGAGACGUAAUGCAGGCGGGAAAUCAUUCCGCUGCGCCGAGUGUGGGAGACUAUUUAGUCAGAAGUCAAAUCUGAACACACACAUGAAAAUCCACACAGGAGAGAAACCCUUCAGCUGCUCGUUCUGUGGAAAACAAUUUAGAGAAAAGGGAAAUAUGAGGCAGCACAUGGUCGUCCACACGGGGGAGAAACCUUUCAGCUGCAGCGUUUGUGACCAAAGGUUCAGUUGGCGUAGACAGCUGAAAAAACACAAGUGUGUUGGUGAAGCUGCAGCAGGAAACGAACGUCCUUCUUCCAGUUAGGUUGAAUCCAGAUGUUCGGAUGUCUCCACACAAACUGGCAGACUUCAAACCUGCUGAAGCUGCGACGCUUGAUUCAGAUGAACAACAGCAGGUGACUGAUGGAGACCGAAGCUUCAAAAGUCUCUGCUGCUUCAGAAAGAUUCAUCCAGCUGAACUCUGUGACCGAAGAUGUUGAUGAUGUUCACAAAGACAGAAUCGGCGCUGUGAGAACAUUUAGGGCUCAUUUAAUGGAUCCCAUCCUCCAGUCACAUCACACCGAGACUCUGGAAAUGUUCCAUAAACAUCGGCCAUCAAGUUAAACACGAGUCCACAGCGGCUGUGACCCUCAGCAGGAAGGUCCGUUCAUCUUUUAGAUCUGCAGUCAUUAUUUCACUGGAACAUCUUUCACUGGAAAAUCUUAGAGCUGCUAUAAGCUCUACAGACCUGCAGGUGUCGCCGUGCUGCUGCGUUUGAGGCUCCAUCACUAGAAGAGGUGUUAACAGCCUGCAGCGUUCACGUCUUUGCACGACUCCAGAUGUUUGGUUGUUAAAGUUACUGAACUUCGGUAAUAAAACACUUCAGUUAUUAAAUAUUUAAAGUUUAACCAAUUCGGACACAUCAGAGCUUUCUGAAGAGUUUCAGGACUAAUUAGGAUGACGGUGUUUGAAACCUGACGUGAAGGUGGCAUCGUUCUACAUCUGUUCUUUCCUCAUUCUUAGUGACAUGUUAUUCUUCAAAAGUCCAUUUUAGAUUUGUGUGAAUUGUUUAAAAUAAAAUGAAACAGGUUCCUGCA